CACUGUCACACCAAUAGCGGAAAACCCCAAAUAAAACCCGAAAAUGAAUACUUUCCUCUUCUCUCUCCUAAAACCCCACACCACCUCUGAACCCACCAAGCUUCUUCUGCAUCAUCACCACCAAUGGCGCGGCAUAGCCAAGGUCCGGCUGAAAUGGGUCAAGAAUCGGAGCUUAGACCACAUCAUCGACACCGAGACCGAUCUCAAAGCUGCUUGCCUCCUCAAAGACGCCAUCAAGCGCUCGCCAACUGGCUUCCUUACCGCCAAGUCCUUCGCCGAUUGGCAAAAGCUUCUUGGCCUAACUGUCCCAGUUCUUCGCUUCAUGCGCAGGUACCCUACUCUUUUUCAAGAAUUUCCACAUGCCCGCUAUGCCAGUUUGCCCUGUUUUAAGUUAACAGACACUGCACUAUUGUUAGACUCACAAGAACAGAGUAUACACAAAACCCAUGAGAGUGAUACUGUGGAGAGACUUUGUAGAGUGCUUAUGAUGACGAAAAGUAAAACUAUACCGCUCCAAUCUUUGUAUCCCUUGAAAUGGGAUCUGGGUUUGCCUGAUGGUUUUGAGAAAGUGUUGGUUCCAAAAUACCCAAAUUGUUUUAGAAUCAUUAAGGCCUCAAAUGGGAUUGGUUGCUUGAAGGUCAUACAAUGGCCCAAGGAGUAUGCGGUGUCGGAAUUGCAGAGGAGUAAAGAGGGUGGUGAUUUAGGGGAUGAGUAUAGAAAAUUCAAGAGGGGGCAGACUGUGUUGGCAUUCCCGAUGAAUUUUCCAAAGGGUUAUGGAGGGCAGAAGAAGGUUAGGGUAUGGAUGGAGGAGUUUCAGAAGUUACCAUACAUUUCGCCAUAUGAGGAUUCUAGGCAUAUUGAUCCUAAUAGUGAUCUUAUGGAGAAAAGGGUUGUUGGAGUUUUGCAUGAGUUAUUGAGCUUGACUCUUCAUAAGAAGACUAAGAGGAACUACUUGAGAAGCUUGAGAGAGGAACUAAAUCUUCCUCAUAAAUUUACGAGAAUUUUCACAAGGUAUCCGGGGAUUUUCUACCUCUCAUUGAAAUGUAAAACAACCACUGUUGCUCUCAGGGAAGGGUACCAGAGAGGGAAAUUAGUGAACCGGCAUCCCCUCACACGCAUGAGAGAGAAGUUUUAUCAUGUCAUGAGAACAGGGCUUCUUUAUCGCAGUAAAGGUGUGCACUUGCUAUCCCCGCAAGAGAUUUUACUUAACAGUGUGGAGGGUGAAAGUGGGCCGGAAGAAUCUGAAGAGGACGAGGUUGGAACUGGUGAUGAAUGCUAUGAGGAUGAAAUGUCAAAUUUGGAUUCGGAAGGGUCUGAUGAAGAUUAAUGUUUGUAUCAGAGAACUUUCAACAUUUUGCUUGAAUUGGAUAGAAGCCAUUAUUGAAUUUCAAGUAAGAAAUUCUGAACAAAAGUUCCCUCUAUAGAGUUUUCUUGUUUAUGGCCCUUCAAGUAGUGGCCUUCUCAGGUGAACCAAUAAGGCCGAGCAUCAUUUCAAGUCAACAUGAAGAUGAUGGUCCAGGGUGUAGGAUGACUUCUCUUCACGGUGAAAUCUCUGAAAAUCUUCCAAAUAGUGGACAUGAAAUGCAGCGACCAAGGCACCUAAUGGAAUUGAUGUAACAGCAGAGAAUGAAGUUGUAAAGUAUUUUCACAGAGAAAACACUACUGGAUUCGAUAGGGGCUAUAUAAUUCCAAACAAACAGCAGAUCUGCUUGUACCACUUAGGCCAAGGGCAACAAUGUAACAAAUUCUCAAUCCCAAUUUUGAACAAAGAAAAUUUUCAGGGAAAGUUCGGUGGCUAAUAAAUAGCUUGAUUCCUUUGAUCAGCCUCGUUGCCAUUGCCUUAUUUGUGAGAUAAAUGUUGGUGCAUUUUCUGCUGUAUUUGGCUCUGAUUAAGUUAUGUUUCAAAUAGUUUAAGGUUAACCGCCAUGGGAGAGGUAUUGCAGAGCGCUAGGCUCAUCCAUGGCAUUGUAAUCUUUAAUUAAAAAGGAGACCAAAACAAUUACAGGGGGCC